UAUCUUUACAAUAAGGGCAAUAAUAAUGCGCUAAAAAUGAGAGUUCUCCAUCAUAUUUUUGACAAUGCUGUGGUUGAAAAGCUUACGACGAAGAUCAUCCUGCCAGAAAUGAUAAGAAAAGUGAGGCUUACCACACCAUACAGCAUGGAUAGAAGACCCGAUGAAGUCCGCGCUACAUACUUGGACACAACUGGCAGAACAGUUAUAGUGUUGCAGAAAGAAAACCUUGUUCCAGAGCAUAUCCAGUCUUUCACUCUGUUUUACGAAUUUGAGUUCUCGCAAAUGAUCCGCGAACCAUUGCUCGCCACGGCAUCUUUCUUUGCACUCUUUACCGUUGUAAUUAUCUAUGUGCGGUUCAAUUUCACAAUCGUUGCGGAUCCGGCACGUGAAGCACGCGAACGUAUCUUGGGAAAGGUGUCGGGUCUUUUCGAGACUUUUUACUUUAGCAAGUAUAUUUUCUUUACUUAG